AUGAAGCUUCUCUACCCCACAUCCGUGGCCCUCGACGUCCCAAGUCUCCAGGGCUUCGCUGUCUCUCUCCACCCAUAUGAUGUCAAAUCGACCAUCCCCGAAGAGCACAUCGACGCAGACAUCCUCGUGACCUGGUGCAACAGCGCCGACAACCUCAAGGACGCAGCCCAGCGAUUGAAGAAUGUGAAAUGGAUCCAGUCCCUCGCCGCCGGGCCCAAUGACGUGCUCUCCGCCGGCUUCGACUCCAACAAAACAAUCGUCACCACCGGUGUCGGGCUCCACGAUUAUCCCGUCGCCGAACACACCCUCGGCCUCUUGCUGAAUGCGGCCCGGCACUUUUACGAGAUGCGCGACUACCAGCUUCAGUCCAAGUGGCCGGGUCACUUGGGCGGAUCCUUCCCCCGCUCAGAUUUCACCACAUUGCGCGGUGCCCGCGUGCUCAUUUGGGGAUACGGCAGCAUCGCCAAGACGCUCACACCCUGUCUGACUGCCCUCGGUGCUCAAGUCAAGGGUAUUGCUCGGAGUCAGGGAGUGCGCAAUGGAGUCGAGGUCUACGCCGAGGACAAGUUGUCCGAACUUCUCCCGGAGACGGAUGCGCUCGUGAUGAUUCUGCCAGGCUCCGAUUCCACCGUGGAUGUGCUCAACGCCGAGAGACUCAAGUUGCUUCCCAAACAUGCGUGGGUGGUCAAUGUCGGCCGUGGAGUGUCGAUCGAUGAGGAUGCGCUGGUGGAUGCGUUGGAGAAAGGCGAGAUCGCCGGAGCGGCGUUGGACGUGUUCAAACAGGAGCCUCUUCCCGAAUCGAGUCGUCUCUGGAAGGCGCCGAAUGUGAUCAUCUCUCCUCAUGCGGCGGGUGGACGACCGCAGGGCUGUGAAGCGUUGAUUACGGAAAAUUUGCGCCGGUUCCUGGCUGGGCAGCAGCUCAAAAAUGUGGUAUAA